GUUCCACCAUUUGCAUUCAAUUCCUCAUCUUCUGUUGACGAGUCUUCAGGCCCAAAAUCUAGCGCAUGUUUGGCCAAUGAAGCUUCUGGUCGCACUGACACUGAGCUGAAAAUUUUGGAAUCAGAUAAUGAUGAUAAUAAGAACACUCGGAAGGCUGCAGAUAUGAUAGGAAAAUCAGAAACUCCAUUUGCUGCCACUCUGAUUACUACUGGCAGCGCCGCCGCCUCAAUUGCUGCAUCCAAUAACAGUCUUUUUGUAUCUACUGCAGCAUCUUCACUCCCAGCGGCACCCAUUUUCAAGUUUGGGUCCUCUCUUUCUCCACCAACUCCUGUUUCAGCUUUCUCAAUGACAUCUAGCAAAGAAUGCACAGAUAUAAAGGAUGAAUCUAAGAAGGAAAACCUAACCAGCUCACCUUUUGGUGGUACAUCAUUUGCAAUGCCAAGCACAGGGAGUGGUAUUUUUGGACUAAAUUCUUCAGUCACUUCAUCAACUGCCAAUAAUCAGUCACAGGGUUCUCUUUCUGGCACUGGCAAUGGAGCCAUGGUUAGUGCACAAUCAGCUGCUACCAGAUCAGGGGUGGCAACUGUGUCACAGAGCAUGUCUGUUCAAUUUGGUUCAUCUUCCUCAUUGCCAAUCACUGGGACUUCUGGGAUUUCAUCUUUUAAUUCUAGCAGUUCUCUCUUAGGUUCUGCAGUUCCUGCAGCUAAACUGUUUGGUUCGGGUUCUAGUUUCAGUUUGAGUUCUUCAGCUUCUUCUUCAGAGAUGAAUCAGGUUAACUCCACUAAUGGGCCUACUUCUAGCAUAUUUAGCUUUGGUGUCAGUUCUUCAGCUUCCAUUUCUGGGACCAACUCUGUUAGCUCCGACAGUGGUGCUCCUUGCAUAUUUGGUUCCGGUUGGCAGCCCACCCAGUCACCCAUCUUUACUUCCACAUUUAAUACUCUGUCUCCUUCUACUGGCUUCUCCUUUGGAGCAUCCUCGGCUUCUGUUGCUGCUAGCAACAAUGCACCGUUGGUGUUUGGAUCCUCUACUGGUGCCACGUCGCCGGCAAUUUUCUCAUUUACUAACGCUUCUGCUAUGACCUUGUCUUCACCAUCUCUUUCUCAAACGCAGCCCGUAUUUGGUAACUCUAACUCUGUCUUCACAGCAUUCUCAGCCAAUGGUGAUCAAACGAACAUGGAAGAUAGCAUGGCCGAGGACCCUGUGCAGGCAUCCACACCUGUAGUUUCCAUAUUUGGUCAACCGCCCAUCUUGUCUCCUCCAGCUGGCUUUGGCGUGUUUGGUUCAACAGCCCCAUCACCAGCAAUUCCCUUUCAAUUUGGUGGCCAACAGAAUCAAGCCGCUCCGCAGAACUCUUCUCCUUUUCAGGCAACGAGUAGUCUAGAAUUCAGUGCGGGAGAGAGCUUCUCAUUGGGCUCCGGUGGCGGUGAUAAAUCUUCGCGUAGGUUUGUAAAAGUUAAUAGAAACAAAAACCGGGGGAAGUAA